AUGUCAUCGCAUUCCAAUUUCUUCUCCUCGCUAAAGCAGGUCGAAAAGAGGUUAAAAUUAGACCAAACAUCACCAACAAUUGAAUCUCAGUUACAAGAAAGCACAUUGGGUUCUCCCAUCUUCCUCCAAUCUAAUUGUAGCCAGAAUUGUCCCUCCCAAGACAGCGGUGAACCUCCUCAAGCAUUCCUCUCCGUUUCCCAGGAAUUUCCGACAACCCAUCAAAACCCUUCUCAAAGAGAGCAUGUCACUCCUGAAAAUGAAGCUGAAGAUGAUGACAUUGAGCAAUUAAUGCAGCUUUUGGGUUUAUCAGACGAACAAGAACAAAGGGACAGUUUUGAUGAUUGUGCUUCUUGUCACUGUGAAGGUGGCUUUUAUGCAAAAGUUGUGGGUGUGGAAGGGCCAAAGUGUGGGAAAGAGGUGCUGAGAUUAGAUGGGUGGAUCAAGCACUUUCUGACUGGUGGUGGAGAGGAGAAGCUAGAACCCUUGAGAUUGGCACACCUGCUUUUAGGGAAAGCUGCUUUUGUUUCUGAUGGUGGUGCUUAUGGAGAAUUGGACUUCCCUUCAACCAUUAAAGAAUUUCUUCAUACUGAUCCUCCCUGUAACUGA